UAGCUCCGGUUGCUUUGCGCGAGCGCGACACUAAUGCGCUGUCCUCAGCCGCCCGCCGUUUGUUUCCACUUACCGCGCCAAGCCUGAUCUCGACCUUACCUCUAAUUUCCCGCCUUCACCUCAUCGUCCAUCGCCAAUUGCGCCGCCCGCAUCCCGUCGAACACUCCAGUCUUCACCGCGCGUCGGGCCCACCGCCCAACUUCUACCGACUCCUUGUCGCUCGUUCUAGUUUACUACGCCGUCACCUCUCGGGGAUAGCAGCUCUAUCGCACGCGCUUCCCAUUGUCAACUCCGUCGCUCGCAGCCACACCAAGACAACGCAACUUCGAACAAAUCGCCUACCUCGACUGCGCGCUGAGAGAACACACCGCCCGCCGCUAUGUCGGACUCACCGCUGCCGGCGGAGCUCAACCGCAACCGGUUUCCUAACCUGUUCGAGGUGUUGAGUCGCAAGACGGUGGCCCCGCUCGAUCUCUUCUCCUUCUACAUAUACAUGCGCGACCAGCAACGAUCGGUAGACUAUCUGGAUUUCUGGCUUGAUGUGUCCCAACAUCUUCAGCUAUGCCGCCUGUACGUGCGCCGGCUCCACCGCUCCGUGAUUGAGGAUACGCCGGAUAUGGAGAAGAACAGCAAGAGGUCGUCAUACAUCCUGGACAAUGCUGGAGAGGGCCCUUCUGGCGAGAAGGGCAACGUAUCUGAUCAGCGUCUCUCUGCCUUCCUACGGUCAGACCACGGAAGCCGCCAACACUCGCCACAGAACAGUCAAGGAAGCAACCAGAGUCGCGAGGUGCCCGGCCGCCCGAGUUUCAUGACCUUGCACACGGACUCGCCGCAAGAUUCAUCGCCAGGUCAGAACUCAUCUGGCGACAACCAACCUAGACGAGAAGACCUGCGGGCGUCUGCCGAGAAGAUCCUAUAUACGUACCUGUUGCCUGGCUCGGAGCGAGAGAUCAUCAUCCCACAGAGUAUCCUGCACGAUGUUCAGGAGGCCAUUGAAGGGCCCGACCAGCGAAGCGACCCGGAAUUGUUCGACGCGGCAAAGGACUAUGUCUUCCAGGCCAUGGAGCGGGACGCUUUCCCCGGCUUCCUACAGAGCAAAGGGCUGGGCAAUCUCGUCCCGCAAAGCAUGAUGAUCCGCCUGAUCAUUGGCCUUAUUAGCUUCUUCGGCGCCGUAUGGACAGCGUUCAUCCUCAUCUUCUUGAAUAAGUCACGAGCGACUAGGUGCUGGGUCAUUCUUCCCUUCACAGUCGCCCUCUACUUCAUCUUCACACACCAAUACAUGCUUGACCCCAUAUUGGCUUUGAUUGGUUACAGCGAGUAUACUCUGAUGGACUUCAACCGGAUACGGGAGCCGUUCGUCAGGAAGACGCUGAACGCACGAUCAGCUACCAUGCUAGGGCUGUUUGUGCUCGUCGACACGGCAGUGUGUUGCCUCUUCAUCUUUGUUCCAGGUAAGCGGCUGUGAGCCUACUGCUCCUUCUCAAGCGUUUUUGCCCUUACCCUUUCUUUCCUUGAUGUUCACCGUGUUCUCUGUCGCAUUGGUUCUUUGUUAUUCCACAGUUGCAGUAAUAGCGGGAAAUGGGUUUCUUUUUUUCUUUCUUGAUACCAAUGGAAUGCUCAAAGAGAGAGGUCGCAGAAGAAUGUCACGUCUGACAGGUUUCUUUUGUCAGGCGACUGGGGGCCGUUGAAGUCUUGGGAAUUCGAUCUCGGCGCGGUGUUUAGGCUUUCCAGCGCAACUCAAAUGACGCGCGAUGGGCUACUCUCUCUGGGGGCCUGGGUCCGCGGUCACGAUCCAGCGUGUUCUGUCAAGUCUGUAGAUCA